GAGAAAGAAGUGCUCCUUUGCAGAGGACAAAUCUUGAUACAUCUGUCAAUCUUUAUAUUGGAAAUUUGAAUUUAUCAAAAUGGAAUGUGAUAAAGCUCGAGCUCAAUCUGUCCUGCUUUUCAACUCUGUUCACCAGGGGCAUGUAAACGUUAUCAGAAAGCUACUGAAAGCAGGAACAAAUCCAAAUGUCUUUGAUGGGAAUGGGGAACCUCUUAUCUUUGUUCCAGUUGUUAAUGGAGAUUAUGAUACUCUCGAAGUACUUUUGGAGAGUGAUGUUUGUGACAUCAAUCUCAAAAGUUUAGAUUCUGCAACCUCAGCUUUGACAACAGCCGUGGGAUUAGAUGAUCUCGAAAUGGUGAAGUUUCUCAUCAAAGCAGGAGCCAAUGUUGAUUGCAUUGAUGAGUCUGGGAAAACUCCUCUCCUCCUAGCGCUUCAAGAGGGAAAAUUCAGGAUUGCCCAGUAUCUCAUGAAACAAGGCAGCAAUGUUAAUAUUGUUGAUGGACUUGGUCAAUCAGCAUUAUUCUUGAUUGCCAAUGGAGGCAAUAAUGAUUGUUUGAAGACAGUAAAGAAGCUUAUGAAAUGUGGGUAUUUCCUCGAGAAAGAUUCAGCGUGGAUUUCCCCUGAUGAAUUGGACUUGGAGAAAUUCCAAACUGCAUCCAAAGUUAACAAACUUUUGAAGAAAUUUGCAGCAAAAAUGCUGUCUUUCCCCUCUAUCCAGAGUUCUAUGAAACUUUGUAACUCUGCAACCUGAACAGACGCAGCUGACACACCGGCACUGCAAUCUCAAUGCAAUGCAAGAAUACACGGGCCGCAACAUUGGAAAAAAUGUCUCCAAGUUCAGUCUUUGUACUGUAUGGAAGACGCGGUGACCAAAAUAAGCUAUGCUGCAUUAUGAAGAUGUUAACGCUUUCGCAACAAAAUAGUGUUCAACGAGUUGGGAAAAGAACUGUAGUUGAACUCUGAUUCACCCAUGACAUUUUGUCUAAUGAUCAAGGAUAAACCUACAGUUCAUUUACAUGUAUAUGCAUUGCUUUUGGUGAACAUUAAAACAUAUUUUAUGAUUUUC